AUGAUCGAGGCCAAGGCCGCAGGACAGACGUCGACGACCGUGGACACGAGCAGCGGCCACCUCAAGGUCCCAGGCGUCGUCGCGUACCCCGUCGCGGCCGUCGACCGCUACGGCUUCCUCGUCUCGGACAAGCAUGCUACCUGCCAUCUCUACAUCCCGACGGCCGCCAAGCGCAAGAACCUCGACGCGUCCUGGCUCGAGAACCACCGGACGCAAAAGUGGAUCGCUAUGACAGGCAAGUGCACGUACGACGAGUGGCAGUCGGUCAAGCUCCGCCACAGCGCCAAACUCAAGUCGCGCAUUCGCAAGGGGAUUCCCGAGGCGCUGCGGGGCCUCGCGUGGCCGCAUCUCUCGGGCGCUAGCAUGAUGAUGCAGAACCACCCGGGCAUGUACCGCGACUUGCUAGCGACCGCGCAUAUCCCGUGCGAAGAGACUAUCUCGCGCGACAUUGGACGCACCUUUCCCAAGCACCACCUCUUCAAGGACGCGCAGUCGAUCGGCCAAGGCGCGCUCAUGAACAUUCUUAAAGCCUACUCGGUAUACGACCCAGACGUCGGCUACUGCCAGGGCAUGGGCUUUAUCUCGGCGCUCUUUCUGAGCUACAUGCCGGAAGAGCACACGUUUUGGCAGCUCGUGGCUGUGCUCAACCAGAAAAAGUUUGGCCUUGCCGAUAUGUACCGGCCAGGAAUGCCCCGCGUCGUCGAGAUCAUUGCGAUCUUUGACGCGUGCAUUCGGCUCUACUUGCCCAAGCUGGGAACCCACAUGGACAACGAGGGGCUACACCCGACCAUGUACGCGACGCAGUGGUUCGUCACGAUCUUCGCCUACUCGUUCCCGUUUGAGUUUGUCACGCGCGUCUGGGACAUCUUCCUCCACGAGGGCUGGAAGAUUGUGUACCGCGUCGCGAUUGCGCUCCUCAAGAUCUCGGAGAAGGCGCUUCUCGGCAAGAAGUUUGAGAAAAUCAUGGAGUUUUUCAAAGAGCUCCCGACUUCGGUCGACGUCAAGCAAUUGCUCGACACGGCUUGGGACAUUCCAAUGACGACGGCGCAGCUCCAGCAGCUCCACGAAACGUACCAAGCGUCGCUCACACAAAACUAA